GUAGCAUUGGUAUCAUGCUGGGUCUGAAGAUGUCAUUGCUUUCCUCUGUUUACGUAGCCACAUUCUGGUAUUUGCAUUUCUUGGACAAGACUGUCUGGAACAAUCACUCCUAUCUAUUUGGCAUCUUAGCUUUCCUGUUUGCUGUUACUCAGUCAAACAGAUUUGCAUCAGUUGAUGGUUUGCUGAACCCAAAGAUAAGGAAUGCACACGUUCCGCUUUGGAACUAUACUCUAUUGCGUGCCCAGAUAUUUGUUGUGUACUUUGUAGCUGGACUUAAAAAAAUCGAUAAAGAUUGGAUUUCUGGAUACUCAGUAGACCAGUUAGCCAAACACACGGUAUUUGGGCCUUUCAAAACAUUCCUUUCAGAAGAUGAGAUAAACGUGUACAUAGUUCACUGUGGUGGCCUUCUCAUUGAUCUCUCACUUGGAUUCCUUCUAUUUUUUGACAAGACAAGAAUAUUUGGUCUCAUUGUCUCAACUACUUUUAACACUAUGAAUGCCCUGAUCUUCAGGAUAGGAAUGUUUCCCUACACAAUGCUGUGCACUCAGCUGAUCUUCUGUGAUAUGGACUGGCCAAGGAAAUUGUUCCGUGUGUUGACUUCUUUCCGUGGACGUACUGCUGUCUGUGCUACACAGUGCCAGCCAAGUACCCAUUGUAUUUACCCUCAAGACUAUGUCAAGUCGGAGAGCUCCAGUACACAGAAAGAGCACAUCGACUCUUCUCUACCAACAUCUUCAACGUGGAAACAUAAGUUAGCCUCUAUGUUCACAGUAAUAUUCAUAGCCUUGCAGAUAUUUCUACCAUAUUCACAUGGAAUAACCAAGGGUUACAACACAUGGACUGAAGGACUUUAUGGAUAUUCUUGGGAUAUGAUGAUCCAAAGCUGGUCAGGUCGCCAUAUUCAGAUCACCUACCAUGAUCAGACAACCGGACAGACUGGAUAUUUGGACCCACUGGCAUGGGGAGGUUAUCGAGGUCGCUGGUUCACGCAUGCUGACAUGAUUAAACAAUAUGCACACUGCAUUGCUGAUAACCUGAGGAAUUACAACUUACACAAUGUUUCCGUGUAUUUUGACAUCUGGCUAUCUCUGAAUAACCGCUUUCGACAAAGAUUUAUUGAUCCAAGAAUAGACAUUGUUCAGGCAAAGUGGCAUCCUUUGGAAAGUACAACGUGGCUCUUGCCUCUGUUAGUUGACUUGUCAGACUGGCGGACAAAGUUGUACGAAAUCGAGGCUUCGUUUGAUAAUGAUACCUACACUAAUAUUGUUUUCUUAGCUGAUUUUCCAGGACUGUGGCUAGAGAACUAUGUCCAGCCUGACUUUGAUAAUACAACCCUCACCGUGCUGGCCGGAACAGUUGUGGUGGAAUUCGUAGAUGAGGGAAACAACGUCACAUUGGCCCCUAACCAAUCAGUCAAGAUCACAGCUGAUGCAUUCCAUAAAGUGCACACUGUUUCAAACACACCCUCGUGUUACAUGUAUGUCUAUGUAAACAGCACCAGGCAGGCCUUUAUGAAACGCUACAUGCAGUUUGAAGAAGAUUACAACAAAUCAUCUUCAUUCAAUGAAACUCUGCAGAAGUAUCACAAAGAUCCCAACCUGCCCCACUACCAGCAGAUGUUAGCAGAAAGGCAAGCUGCCAGUAAAGAAGUUCAGAAAACAUUUCUGGAAUUACUGCAAUCCUUCUUUACAUCAAAGUAUUAUAACUACAAAUCAAGCCUGUAUAUGAGCAUAGAGAUCUUGUACACUCUGGCAACAAAUCAAUCUCUCUAUGAAGAAGCCAAUGAAACCAGUCUUGUGGAUACCAGAAAUGAAGACAUGGGUGCUACAAGUAAAGAGUUGGAUGCUGUAAGUGAGAAUCAUGUGGGGAGUCAAUGA